AUGAGUCAAGAGUGGAGAGAAUAUCGGCAUCAGAAUCCGAACCAAUCCCAGAUGCAUGAAAAUGCUGAAGAAAUCGCUAGACGGAGGUUUAAAGACUUCCGAAACUUUCAGCCACCUACAUUUGAAGGUGGGGAUAAUCCUGAGGCUGCAGCAAGAUGGCUGCAGAUGAUCGAGCACAUAUUUGAACGUAUGGGAUGCCCUGAAGCGCAGAAGGCUGACUAUGCCUCAUACCAGCUGAUUGAUGAAGCUUUGACUUGGUGGACCAGUGCGAGGGCUCUGCUUCGAGCCCAAAAUGUUGAUCUGACUUGGGCUGUGUUCCGAAGGGUUUUACUCGACAAGUAUUUCCCAAAGGCCAUGAGAAGAAUGAAACACACUGAGUUGUUGUCACUACGGCAGGAUAACAUGACUGUCAAUGAAGAUAUUGCUAAAUUUGGGCAUCUGAUGGAAUAUGCCAAUUUUGAUCGAAACAUCUACGAUGAAGAGUGGCAAGUGGAGAAAUAUGAAAGUGGACUGCACCCAGAGAUCCGUAAGCUCAUGUUGACUACAGCUAAUCGCACUCUGCCAUAA